AACAUAGUCAAUAUAUUAAAUAUUUUGAUUAUUUUCAAUGUAAAUGUAAAAAAAAAAAUCGUGAAUUCCAUCCUUAUCGAUGGCAAUAUAAUAAUCGUCACGAUGAUAAUAACUGUCCUUUCUUUAAAAGAUAUAAUUAUUAUAAAGUGCUUCAAACUGUUGAUCCAGAAAAAAAAUAUCAGAAAGAAGAAAAACUUGGUAAAAAGAAGAAAUUAGAAAAAAUUAUUAAAGAUGUUGAUAUUUUAGUUAGUAAUCGUAUAACACAAAUUGAAGAAUAUAAACUAAAAUCUCCUAAAUAUCAACUACAAUCUCCUUCUAUUCAGUCUUUACCGACCGAAUAG